UGCGCGCCUUAAGAUAACUAUCUGAAAAAUGUCAACGAUCACAGACGAGUUUUUCCGGUAGUACAAAGUCAAAAAAUUAAAAAAAAAGUUUUUUUUUUGUGAGUGGAAAAUUUAGAGAAAAUUUAAGGAAAAUGCAGCGGAUACUCAGCGUGGAAACUAGUAGAAGAGCGGGUGGAAACUCUUCAGAGUUCGUUACAAAAAGGCUAUGUUGUAGUUUUUUGUUGACGGUGGCAUUUUUCGCAAUUUUAGGAGGUUUUCUACUUGGGAAAUUUGUAGCUGACCGUUCCUUGGACCAGCUACGGCUCGAACUCAGCGACAUUUCUCGCAAAAUCACUCAGCUCAAUGAAAACCUAGGUCAAACAUUCCACCAAGGCCUCGAUAACACAUUCAGCGGAAAUUAUUCCUUUCUGCAAUGCAAUUUCACGCACAUCGGCAACAACGCCUCCGGCUUGCUGCAACCUGGGAUCUACCUGAACGAUUUAAAUGGAUGCUUUAAUAAUGGAUGACCAUGAUAGAUGGAAGGAGCUGAUGGUAAAUUGAUUUUUGGUGAAAUUUUGGGCACAGGAACCAAAAAGAUGUUGUUAGAGUGAAACGCGAAUAUUAUUGACAAAAAAAAGUGUUUUUAGAUUAAUUUUAUUAAGUACUUAAUAGUUUUUUAAUUGUCUGAAUUGAUAAAUGCUGGAUGUUUUUGUUAUUAAUUUAUUGGUAAUUGUGUAGAAAGUGCAAAAGUUAUAUUUCCACCAAGGUUUUUAAAUCAACGAUAUUUUCAUAAUUUCUUCGGAUUCUUUAUAUAUCUAUUACUGUACAGGGUGAUUCAAAACUAAUACAUGACACCACAAAGUCAAGAAAAAUUUAAAAUUUUCAACAAUUUUUUUCGCAAGAAACACUCAGGCCGUGUUUCUGGGGUCGAAAUAUACUACCAGUUAAAAUAUCUGCACUUAUUUCUGAGACACACUGUAUAGCUUCUUGUCCCAUCUGCCAAUCAGAGAUUAAGUAAAUAGGACGUCGAAUGACGCCUAGGGUGUGUCAAAAUAUAAGAAUUAUGUUUUCUCUUUUUCUUAAUUUAAUACUUAAAAAACGUCCACCACUUUUAGGAGACACCCUGUAACGCUUAAAUUAUUAAAACCUUAAUAGGUAUGUACAGGGGGGAUAAAAAUAUAUUAUUUUUUUGUUAGAAUGGGCAUAAUCAAGAGGGUUACUGAUACCAAGAACAGUAAACCUAAAAUAGGUAAAAAAACGGACAUAAAUGACAUAAAUUAGGAUUGAUUGACGUACUGAAUUGUUUUCGGUUACUUCCUGUUUCACCGGAAAUAACUACAACUUUUGAUUUUUAAAUGGCACCCUCGGUAUUUUUUUACUUUAUUCGAUAGAAAAUGACACUCUGAAUCGAAUGACAUACUAUCAUUUGUCAUUAUUAUUUUGAGGGUCUCAAGGAUUCAAAAUAUUUACAGGAUGUGUCUUAGAUAAGUGCCAAUAUUAAUAAAUUAAUAUAAUUUAUUAAUAUUCCGGAUUUUUUCUGUAUUUAAAUCCCUUUUAGUGUCGUAACUAUAUAUAGAGUAAAGCUGUAACCAUAGUAAUACCGUAUGAUCGAAAAAAAACGGCGUCCAGUUGGCUUGGAAAUGAACAUCAAUGACAUUCCACUCUGAGGACAUUCCCCAUUUAAUUUUACAUGUAAAAUGACAACGAUUUUCAUUUCAUAGCCAUCGCUGACGCCGUUUUUUUUUCAAUCGUAUGGUGUGUCAGAAAUUAAGAAAUUAUACGGUGGGAAAAUUUGCGUUGGACGUGCAGUUCUAAAAAGUUUUCUAAAAUAUACACAGGAAAUUUUAAAAGAAAAU